GCGUGCUGACGUACAGGCGAGCGUGCGUCGAGUGGUCCUCCGUCGGCGGUGAGGCGCGGUUGAGGGAGUCGCCAUGGCGCUUCACGUCCCCAAGGCCCCCGGCUUCGCCCAGAUGCUCAAGGAUGGAGCCAAGCAUUAUUCCGGACUGGAGGAGGCCGUGUACAGGAACAUACAAGCGUGCAAGGAGCUCGCCCAGACCACCCGCACCGCCUACGGCCCCAACGGAAUGAACAAGAUGGUUAUCAAUCACCUGGAGAAGCUCUUCGUGACCAACGACGCGGCUACUAUAUUACGAGAACUGGAGGUCCAGCACCCGGCUGCCAGGAUGAUCGUGAUGGCCUCCCACAUGCAAGAGGAAGAGGUGGGCGACGGCACCAACCUGGUCCUGGUGCUGGCGGGCGCGCUGCUGGAGCUGGCGGAGGAGCUGCUCCGGAUGGGCCUGUCCGUGGCCGAGGUGAUCGAGGGCUACGAGACCGCCUGUCGCAAGGCCCACGAGAUUCUCCCCGACCUGGUGUGCCGCUCCGCCAAAAACCUGAGAGACGUGGAGGAGGUGGCCUCCCUGCUCCAGACCUCCGUCAUGAGCAAGCAGUACGGCAACGAGGCCUUCUUGGCCAAGAUGAUCGCCCAGGCUUGCGUGGCUAUCUUUCCCGACUCGGGUCACUUCAACGUUGACAACAUCAGGGUGUGCAAAAUACUGGGUGCCGGGAUCCACUCGUCUUCGGUGCUGCACGGCAUGGUCUUCAAGAAAGAGACCGAAGGGGACGUCACGUCCGUAAAAGACGCCAAGAUAGCCGUGUACUCCUGUCCGUUCGACGGCAUGAUCACCGAGACCAAGGGAACGGUCCUGAUCAAGAACGCCGAGGAGCUGAUGAGUUUCAGCCAAGGGGAGGAGAACCUGAUGGACGCCCAAGUCAGGGCCAUCGCCCAGGCCGGGGCCAACCUCAUCGUGACCGGGGGCAAGGUGGCCGACAUGGCCCUUCACUACGCCAACAAAUACAACCUCAUGCUCGUCAGGCUGAACUCCAAGUGGGACCUGCGCAGGCUGUGCAAGACGGUCGGAGCCACGGCCCUCCCCAGGCUGACGCCCCCGGUGCUCGAGGAGAUGGGCCACUGCGACAGCGUCUACCUCACGGAGGUCGGAGACACUCAGGUGGUGGUGUUCAAGCACGAGAAGGAGGACGGCGCCAUCGCCACCAUCGUGCUGCGCGGCUCCACGGACAACUUGAUGGACGACGUCGAGCGGGCGCUGGACGACGGCGUCAACACCUUCAAAGUGCUCACCAGGGACAAGCGCCUCGUUCCCGGCGGAGGAGCCACGGAGAUCGAGCUGGCCAAGCAAAUCACGUCGUAUGGGGAGACCUGCCCCGGACUCGAGCAGUACGCCAUCAAGAAAUUUGCCGAGGCGUUCGAGGCCGUCCCCCGGGCCCUGGCGGAGAAUUCGGGCGUCAAGGCCAACGAGGUCAUCUCCAAGCUUUACGCCGUUCACCAGGAAGGGAACAGAAACGUCGGGCUGGAUAUCGAGGCGGAAACCGCCGCCGUCAAGGACAUGUUGGAAGCCGGGGUGCUGGACACCUAUCUGGCCAAGCACUGGGCCAUCAAACUGGCCACCAACGCCGCCGUCACGGUCCUCAGGGUCGACCAGAUCAUCAUGGCCAGGCCGGCGGGCGGCCCGAAGCCCCCGACGGGCAAGAAGGACUGGGACGAGGACCAGAACGAGUGAGCGCCCGGCUCCCGGGGCAGCCGGCGGACCAGGGUCCCCCCCCCCUCCCUUCCCACGCCCCCCUCUAACUUAAAAAGGUGCCCUCGGUCCCGUAACCGAAUAAACGCCGUUUCCACUCGGCGCCCCGUCUCCGCGGCCUGAGGACGCGAGGGUGCCGGCUCCCACGA